AUGGCGCCAACGAAGCUCAACCUGGACGACCCGGAGGUCAAGAAGCAGGCGCUGGCCGGUCUGGCCAAGACCAUCCCCGUGGUUCCCUUCAAGGGCGUUGAGUUCUUCGACGUGGGCGGCCUGCUAGCCAACCCGGAGAAGCUGCAGCUGACGUUCGAUCUGUUCGUGCACGCCGUAACGCCCUUCAUGGACCAGGUGGACGCCAUUGGCUGCUUCGACGCGCGCGGCUUCUUGUUCGCGCCGUACCUGGGCGCGCUCUUCCAGAAGCGCGUCUUCAUGCUACGUAAGCCCGACAAAAUGCCUAGCGUGAGCGAUACGAUCGAGUACUUCAAGGAGUACAAGGGUGACAGCUGCGAGGGCGGCGAUCAUCUGAGCAUCCAGACGUACGCCGUUAGCAAGGGCGACCGCGUGCUUCUAGUGGAUGAUCUACUGGCUACCGGUGGCACUUGCGAGGCUGGUAUCCGCCUCGUGCAACAGGCAGGAGCCUCAGUCACGGCCUGCAUCUUCGUAGUGGAGAUCGGCGUGCUGAACGGCCGUGGCCGCGCCAUCAAGGCCAGCACGGACGAGAAGACCCAGAUCAUCGCACUACUCACGGAGAAGGACUUUUAG